AUGGAUGUGGGCAGCAAAGAGGUUUUGAUGGAGAGCCCGCCGGACUACUCCGCAGCCCCCCAGGGCCGGUUCCGCAUCCCCUGCUGCCCCGUGCACCUCAAACGCCUCCUCAUCGUGGUCGUGGUGGUGGUCCUGGUCGUCGUGGUGAUUGUGGGGGCCCUGCUCAUGGGUCUUCACAUGAGCCAGAAACACACUGAGAUGGUCCUGGAGAUGAGCAUGGUGGGGUCAGAAGCCCAGCAGCGCCUGGCCCUGAGUGAGCGCGCCGGCACCACCGCCACCUUCUCCAUCGGCUCCACAGGCAUCGUGGUGUAUGACUACCAGCGGCUCCUGAUUGCCUACAAGCCAGCCCCGGGAACCUGCUGCUACAUCAUGAAGAUGGCCCCGGAGAGCAUCCCCAGCCUCGAGGCUCUCGCCAGGAAGCUCCAGAACCUCCAGGUCAAGCCGGCAGUGCCCCGCUCGGAGCUGGGCCAGGCGGAGGGUCAUGACCCCGGCUCGGAGUCCUCCAGGAACCUGGACUUCCUGGGCCCCACCCUGAGCACCCUGUGUGGCGAGGUGCCCCUCUACUACAUCUAG